AUGAGUCUGAGCGUCAGUGACCUCAGUCAGCUCGUGGAGCUGUGGGAGGAGCUUAACUUGACGGCUGCUGACCACAUGAACGUGUCCCGUGUUGAGACGCUUCACUGCUCAGGCGCCGUCAGCCACGCCUCUUUCCUCACCGUCCUCUCCGUCUUCUAUAUCUUCAUCUUCCUCGUGGGGCUCGGCGCCACUGCUGCGGUGAUCUGGGUGAGCGUGUGCUGCAACAGGAAGUACUCUGGGAUACAUGUGUACGUGCUGCACCUGGCUGUGGCGGACCUGUGCGUGGUGUCCACGCUGCCAGUGUGGGUGGCAUCCCUGCUGCAGGGCGGCAGAUGGCUGUUUGGGGACGCCGUCUGUAAGCUGACACACCUGAUCUUCAGCGUCAACCUCUUCAGCAGCAUCUUCUUCCUCGUCUGCAUGAGUGUGGACCGCUACCUGUCUGUCACACAGCUCGCCACCGCCCCCCACAGCCAGAGGAAAAAGGUGCAACAGUUGAUCUGCAUCCUCAUGUGGCUGCUGGCGUUGGUGGCGUCCAUCCCAGACACCUACUUCCUUCAAGCAGUGAGGUCAUCACACAUGGACGGUAUCAUCUGCCGGCCAGUGUUCCCUCCGGACCGCCAACGAGAGUGGAUGGUCGGCGUCCAGUUGAGCUUCAUCAUUCUUGGCUUCGCCGUCCCGUUUCCUGUCAUCACCUUCUUCUACCUGCGGCUGGCGGCGGUGGUCCCUCCAGGCUCAGACCGGGAGCGUCAGUCUGCCCGGCGUAUCAUCCUGUCUUACAUCAUGGUUUUCGUGGCGUGCUGGCUGCCUUUCCACGCCGUUCUCCUGCUGGACACGCUGUCACUGCUGCAGCUCCUCCCCUUCAGCUGCCGGUUGGAGAACUUCCUGUUCGUGUCGCUGCAGCUGACGCAGUGCUGCUCGCUUGUGCACUGUUGCUGUAACCCCGCCCUCUACGGCCUCCUGCACCGCCAUGACCGCUACCAAGUAAUGAAGGCCGUCAUCUUUAGGUACUCCACAAAAACUGGACUCAUUAGACUCAUAAGCCCCGCCCUCAACAGUGAAUCUUCCACUGCGCUCACAGACAACAGCGCCCCCGUCUGA